UGCGGGACUCUUUUAUUUUUAUAUAAAUAUUUGAGAGAGACUUUAUGGGAUUUGACUCUCUAGAAUUAUUGCUUAUAAGCUUUGAACAUAAGAUCGUCUUCUGCUCCACCUCACUCCAAACUUGAACUAAAACCCAAGUGGUGAUAAAAUAAACAGUUUCAUUGUGUUAUGUCAAAUUUAUCAAAAGGUCCAGCCACACUAUUGUAAGGAUUCAUUAUUUUGUAUAACAUAUUGGGUUGCAUGCAAUUGUUCAUAAAAGAUAUAUAGAGAAGGCACAGUUGUGUGACAUAUUGGGUUACAUGCCACGUCAUUUCAUUAAAUAAAUUUCCUAUAAAUUGUGGGUUUACAAAGCAGAUCGUUCUUAAUUAAAAAUCUCCAGCCAUUUCAUUUUAUACAUCGCUCCAAGAAAGUCUCUUAGAUUACAAACAAUUCUGAUCGCUCCAAGAAACUCUCCUCUUCUGAGAAAGUUUCUCUUUCUUUUCACAGAAUCCAUGGUGGGGGAUAGAAAACGAAACAGAAAAGAAGCAAGUAUGGGUGAAGGCUCGAAGGCAAGCACGUCCAAAGAUCAAGAGGAUGGUGCUACGACUUUGGAGGCACAGAACAAGAACAAGAAAAGAAAGUAUGUUGUUGACAAUGGUAGAGCAACCAUUAAUCCAAAACCAAAGGAAAAUGCGAAACCAAAAGGGCUUCAAAGCACACCUGAGUCCCGCAUUUAUGCCUAUGAGCUCCCAAAGAUGCCACCAGUUAGGAGAGAUAUUGGCAGCUUAGUUAAGAAUAAUGAAUACUCUACACCUUUUGAGAAGCAGUUGCAAGACAAUGAUAUCAAGCAACAUUAUCGUCUUUUCUUGAGCCAAAAAGCUGUAAGAAAGUUCCUCUUUCCAUUGUUGAACGAUGAAGAGCUGCAAGAUUUCGUUCGUCAAGGAAUUCCAGUCACGGCGUAUGAUGUACAAGGCAAUGCGUUUCCGACGGAGUUCAAGCAAACUUCAUGCAAGGAUAAGCGCCAUAUACUUACUCGAGGAUGGGCAGAAUUCUGUAAUGAACAUGGCCUACGAGCGUUUAAAGAUUUUGUUACGUUGUGGAUGUUCCGCCAUAAAGAAACGGACAGGCUUUGCUUUGUCAUCUCCAUAAGAACAGUUGACGAUUUGGAUCAUGGCAUCAAGCCGAGGCCAAUCAAUAAUUAGUCGAGCAAUAUAUGGAUAUGGCAUGCAUGCAAGAACCAAAAGAAGGCUUCUUUUUGAGUUACUGACAGUCUUUUUGGUUUGAUUCUUGAUAGUAAAGAUCGUUUUCUUGGUUUCUUUGGCGUUGGCUUUUGGUAUCUCACUAGGUAGUAGUAGUAAUUCUUUGCCUCUGGCAGUUACAGGGACAGUGUUUUUAGUUUGAUUCUUACUAGUUGUGAUAGUUUUCUUGGUUUUCUUAGGCGUUGGCUUUUGGUAUCUUACUAGCUAAUUAGUAAUUUUUUGCCUUUGGCAGUAGGAAUUAGUACGCAUAAAUGUUCAUAUUACAGGGUUUCAAUGGCAAUGGUUGAUUUUGCAACAGUCUUGCGGGAAAAUACAUAUUGUAGCAAUCUGUAAGAUGUAAUAUUUGCAAUAACAAUGACCCUCUAAGAUGUAAAAUUCAAA